AUGUGGGAAAGGGCUGCAACAUCUUUUUGGCGCUUGGGCAAAAGAUUCAAGAACUCUGGAAAGGGAGUCAACAAGAAAAAUUACAAAAAUGAAGGAAGCAUUGGGACUACAAACCACAUCGAAGACAAAUCAACGGGGAGCACUGUGCCUCGAUCUCAGCCAUUCACAUCGAAUUCUCCUGCAAUGCAUCUUUCAUAUCUUUCGUCGAUUCUUUCUUCGUUGUGGCCUUCUGAUGGGACAAGGGAAAUAGAAAAGAUAAUUUUUGGAUUCGUCUUAGAUCAGAAUUUUCUUAUUAAUAGGGAGUUGGAGAGGGAGUUGGUCUCGCCAUCAAAAACACUGCGUAAAAAAGUAAUUAGUGUACCGAAGUCGACACUAUUCGACCAGACGAGAUCACUUGUGUCCAGCUUACUCUCUGCAGAAACAGAUGGAUCUGUGAUGUUGAGAACACGAGAAUUGUGUAAACAUUAUGUGGAAUAUCCUGAGGCGCGUGCUGUUGGACUUCAGUUCCAUGAUUCAGUUACGAAGAAGUUGAAACUUCUUUUGCGACGGACUAAUGACGAAAUGUUCAAAGAACACGUUCGGCAGUUUUUACUCCUCGUGGGGGAUGUUAGCAUUCCGCGUGGGGCUGGUAUUCGAGUGUUGUCACUUGAUGGUGGAGGUACGCGAGGUGUAGUAGGCCUUGAUAUUUUACAAGCACUGGAAAAUAAUUUGAAAGGAUCAAAGGUUGUCGAAGUGUUCGACCUGAUCGUGGGCGUAAGUACUGGAGCUAUUAUCGGUGCAUUACUCACUGCUAAGAGGUUAUCAGUUGAGAAAUGUAAGGAGGUUUAUAUUGAGAUCUCAAGGGAACUUUUCAGCCAGGGAAAAUUUUCGGGAAUGAGCAGUCUUCUUCUUUCACAUGCUUACUAUAAUACUGAAAAGUGGAAACAGAUUCUAAAGAACGUUAUCGGCGAGGACACGUUAUUAGAAGUAUGUGGGCGCUGGGAUACUCCCAUGCUCAGUAUAGUAGCUUGCACUGUGAAUACACCAACUCUGCAACCAUAUAUUUUUCGUACUUAUGGACAUCCCAACGGAAGUGAAAGCCACUACCGUGGAGGGUGCAAUCACAAAGCUUGGGAGGCUUUGCAAGCUUCUGCUGCUGCUCCAGGCUAUUUUCAAGAAGUUCCACUCGGGCCACUACUGUAUCAAGACGGUGGCGUACUUACUAAUAAUCCUACAGCUUUAGCAGUUCAUGAGGCACGCAUGCUUUGGCCACAUGAACGAAUACAAUGCGUUGUUUCUGUCGGUAAUGGAAGAAACGUUUCAGAAGUCGAACUGAAUAGCGUAAAGCUGUCUACACGGCUUCAAGAGAAAAUCUUACGGAUUAUUGAUUCAGCGACGGAUACUGAACUUGUCGACUUAUGUAUGCGUGAUACUUUGUCGAAAGGGUCAUACAUGCGUUUUAAUCCGUACACCAGCUAUCCGUAUUCUCUGGAUGAAAUCGACCCGAAAAAGUUGGAACAAAUGAGCCAGGAUGCGCAAUUGUAUAUUUCACGAAACCAGACCAAGUUUGAGGCUACAGCAAAGAUUCUCUUGGCUGAACCAUCACUGAAACAGCGCUUUGUUCGAAAAUGGAACAAAUUGGUAAUCUACUAA